AUGGCCUCCACGUCCAAUCAACCCCCCGCUCCCGCUAAUGUGAUUACAAAUGUCAAUCAGUCUUUGACCAAUCUCAGGGAGACUCUUGAAUCCUUAACUCAAGGGUCCAUGCAGGACUUAAAGAGAGAUGCGGAAGAGCACUUCAAUCAAGAACUCCGCGGGGUCGCUCAGCAGUUGAAGGCUUCGAAAGAGAAGCAGGCGGCGGAGGUGGAAGAGAUAAACGAGCUUAUACGACAAGUCUUUGAGGAGGAACUCGUUGCGAGCUUCGCGCAGAUCGUCGAGGCCGGCGUCUUGGAGAAUAUCGACGACCUCGUCCAGGAGCAAGUCCGCGAGCAGCUCCCACUCCAGCUCCCAGAGGCCCUGCAGGAGGAGAUGAGGAGUCACAAGGAGGAGCUCGCACGACUCGAGGCCGAGCUGCACAAUUCGGAAAGCAUCGCGCACAAUUCUACCCUCCCGAUGAACCCGGCGUUGAAGCUGUUCCCGCUGGUCACCCCGAACGGCGUCGUCAGCGAGAAGUUCCCUGUGACGCUCGGACAGUUGUUCGACAUGACAGAACAGGACGCCGUAUGGCUUCUUCACGAGUAUGGCCACACCGACGCAAUCGUCUCAAACUCUCGCGAGAGGAACGUGAACGAGGUGAUGCGGUUGUGCGGUGUUCAGUACUACUUGGCGAGCCGUAGUGGCAUCUCCGCGUCCCGGAGCCCAACUUCACCUUCUACCAACGGCGGGAAUACGUGA